AUGGCCCCCGCGUAAAUGCGGCGCGAAGAUGCAGCGUACGCGGACGGACGACGCGGCAGCCGAACCCAGCAAACCACCUCCAUCAAUGCGCCUGCGAGUUGCGAUGUCCCUCCUCGUCCUCGCCCUGGUCCUCGAGACAGAGAGAGAGAGAGAGCUGUGGGGUGGGGGAGGGAACCGAGGCGGAGGAGGAAGCCCGGAGCCCGCGUGAAAAGAAAGGACCUCGAAAGGCAGGCUCCGUGCAGCUUUUUUCCCGAGGAAAGGAGCGCCAGAGCACGCCCGUGCGGUCGCGGUCGGUCGCGGCAUGGGCUCUCCCUCCUCCUCGUGAGCAGCGGCGCCGACCAGUUGCUGGGCUCCUUCUCGGUUCUGGCAGCGGCGGCCGGCGGGCGACCAGUAGUCCAGCGGCUCGUGGCGAGCUCUCCUCUCCUCUCCUGGUCACCAGUGCGGCGCUGCGACGGCCGCCGGCUCGCCAUGAUGGACCAGGAGCACCUGGACUUCAUCAUGCGCCACCAGCACCAGGGCGGCAUGGGGUUUGCUCCCGCCGACCGCGGCGACAGCGAGGAGGCGCUGGGGUCGUCGGAGUCGGAGCCGGCGGGGAGGCCGCGCGGCAAGAGGGCCCGCGCCGCCGAGGUGCACAACCUCUCCGAGAAGAGGCGGCGGUGCAAGAUCAACGAGAAGAUGAAGGCGCUGCAGAGCCUCGUGCCCGACUCCAGCAAGACGGACAAAGCCUCCAUGCUCGACGACGCCAUUGAGUACCUCAAGCACCUCCAGCUCCAAGUGCAGAUGCUGUCUAUGAGGAAUGGAGUGUACCGUCCCUCGGUGAACUUACCAGGAGCACCUGACCAUCUGCCGACAUCGCAAAUGUGCGCCGCACUUAACCAGAACAGCGUCGAUGCAUCAUCAAACCGACCAGCUGCCAUGCUGCCUAUGAGUCAUUUUUUAGGAGCAAUGUCAGGGACUCGACAUCCAUUUGGACCUCCGAAUCAGGACCGGCCGCGUCACGAGCCUCUUGUGUUAUCAAGUGUUCCUUGCACGACCACUCGAGAGCCUCCGUUCCUUCUCGGGCCAUCGCAGGAGUCCCCCCUUCGAUCCCUUCAGUUGACCUUACCGGCCGAGAUGAUCUUUCAAGAGGAGGCAAUGCUAAAGCAUCGGCUAAGUUCAACUCAGGAGACCACCUCGAUGCCAGUAGGGCAUGAGAUCAAGCAGCCUGUUAGGCAGGAAACACCUGCAGAGAGGGCUGGUCAUUUCGAUGCAUGUUCAAUCUGGAAAAAUCAAUCACAUGACAUGACGCCAAACAAUCCGGAAAGCGUUCUGUUUGCGCCGCACUUUCGUAGGAACUAACAGCUCUCUUCACGAUCCCUGACAGAUUUGGGAGCGGUACCGCUGACUCGGGUCUGAGGGCGGAAUCGAAGUAACUUCGCGAUCAAAAUGGACAGAUGACUUGGAAUUUCUGGAACAUUUGCUCAUUGGAGUGCUCCAUUUAGGCAGACAGGCAAUAGGGUAGUAAGUGGUGAUCGUCAAGAUAGUAAUGGUUUUCAUCAGAUGCAACUUGUCUAAUAUUAGCAGUAGCAAUUAUAUAUCAGCCAGACUGCAUUCUUGAUAUGAAAUCAAGAAAUGCUGAUCAUGUGAAUAUGUAGCGUUAAGACCAGCCCCGAACCCGCAAUGAACUCAAACCAGCUACUAGUACAAAUGAUUGUGAUUCUCUGUGCUGC